UAUAUUCUUUCUCUGUUUCAGUGUGUCCUCUUUUGAAUCUCAGAUAAGGUAACCCCCAAUACUACUUCUCUCUCAUCCUUGCCCCUUUUUCGCCUUUCCUAGGGUUUCGAUUUUUGCCUGGUUGUUUCAGAAUGGAUUCAAAAACUCUGAAUUCUCAAAGCCAUCAAUUUUCCAUUAAGCUGUGGCCUCCAAGCCAAAACACAAGGAAAGUGCUUGUGGAGCGGAUGCUAAAGAAUCUCACGACUGUGUCCAUUUUCACUGAGAAGUAUGGCACUUUGAGUGAGGAAGAGGCUAAAGAGAAUGCCGAGUACAUUGAAGAUGUGGCUUUUUCGACGGCAGACGAGCAUUACAAGAAGGAGCCAGAUGGUGAUGGAGGUUCUGCCGUGCAGCUUUAUGCGAGAGAAUGCAGCAAGCUCCUCCUGGAUGUUCUUAAAGGAGUUCUAAAAAUCAAGGACAAGAAGGUGCCGUCUGAAAAUAACAUUGUAACCCAAGAAACAUUUUUUGAUAUUUCUAAAGGCCAGCGCGCCUUCAUUGAGGCUGAUGAGGCUGAGAUGCUCCUAAAGCCAUUGACGGAGCCCGGGAAUUCUUACUCGAAGAUUUGCUUCAGCAAUAGAAGCUUUGGUUUGGAAGCAGCCUGUGUUGCUGAACCCAUUUUGGCUUCUCUUAAAAGUCAGUUGAGAGAAGUGGAUUUGUCUGAUUUUGUUGCAGGAAGACCAGAGGAAGAAGCUCUUCAGGUGAUGAAUAUAUUUGCGGCUGCGUUGGAGGGGAGUGUUUUGAGGUCUUUGAAUCUCUCGAACAAUGCCUUGGGUGAGAAAGGUGUAAGGGCAUUUGCAGCACUGCUCAAAUCACAAGCUGAGUUGGAGGAGCUCUAUUUAAUGAAUGAUGGCAUUUCAGAAGAAGCUGCUCAAGCAGUUUCUGAGUUGAUUCCUUCCACAGAGAAACUCAAGAUCCUUCAUUUCCACAACAACAUGACAGGAGAUGAAGGUGCGGUUGCCAUCUCCGAGGUGGUGAAGCGCUCCCCUCUGUUGGAGGACUUCCGUUGCUCCUCUACAAGGAUAGGCUCCGAAGGAGGAGUUGCCUUGUCCGAAGCACUAGGUACUUGUGCCCACUUGAAGAAGCUCGAUCUGCAGGACAACAUGUUUGAUGUUGAAAGUGGAAUUGCGUUGAGCAAAGCACUUUCCAAGCAUUCAGAUUUGAGAGAAGUCUAUCUGAGAUACCUAAACCUGGAAGAUGAGGGGACAAUUGCUAUUGUAAACGUUCUAAAGGACUCAGCUCCUUCACUCGAGGUUUUGGAGAUGGCUGGUAAUGAGAUAACAGCCAAAGCUGCUCCUGCUCUAGCAGCUUGUAUAGAGUCAAAGACUCUUCUAACCAAGCUGAUUUUGUCCGAGAAUAAACUCAAAGAUGAGGGUGCUAUCCAGAUCAGCAAGGCGUUGGAAGGUCUUUCGCAGUUGAUUGAAGUUGACAUGAACACUAACUUAAUAAGAAGGGCCGGGGCUCGCCUUUUGGCUCAGACAGUGGUUCAGAAGUCAGGUUUCAAGUUGCUGAACAUCAAUGGGAACUUCAUCUCCGACGAAGGCAUCGACGAGGUGAAGGACAUUUUCAAGAAAUCUCCAGAGAUUCUUGGGUCCUUGGAUGAGAAUGACCCGGAAGGAGAAGACGACGAUGGCGACGACGAAUCUGGAGAGGGCGAAGGUGACAAUGAUGAAGAAUUAGAAUCAAAGCUGAAAAACCUCGAAGUUGACCAACCGGAGUAGAGGUCUGUCAUUCAUCGCAAGUGGGAUUAAAUUAUUAUUUAGGAUGACUCUUCUACUGAAUCUUAUUUUGCACAAGUCAGGUAGCAGAAGCAGUAGCCAGCAGUAGGAUUUAUUGUAAUGGGGUUUUAAUUUUCCAUUUUGUUUUACUUUGUUUUUGAGACCUUAGUCGUCUAUCAUGUUCUUAGAAAGCUCGGCAAAAGAUACGUCUCUGUUCUUGUUAGAGUUGCCAUUUCCGGGAUUUAAAUUGUACUCGCUCUUUUUGUAACACACCAAAGCUAUCUUUGAUGGUGUGACAUCUGACAGUGAGUAUUUAGUGAAACUUAAGAUUCUUAUUCUAAGGUUUGUUUUGUUAUUUUAUGGUUAAAGCAUCUCCAUUCAG